CCCAGGAGUGUGUCUGCACGCACCAGAGGAGCAUCUCUCUGACUUCGCAGAGUGCAGAAGAGAGGGACGGGCAGAGAGAGGCAGGCGACGUUGGAGUAUCACAGCGCCGGUGGUGCUGGCAGAGCACGUUGAGGGGACUCGACAGGGGAAUCAGAGCUGCUGAGACCGGUGACUCUGGCAAAAGAAGCUGCUGGAGCAAGAGAGAGCAAACGGCGCAGUGGCCAGGAUCGAGCCAGGGGGCAGCAUUUUACAGCCACAACGAAGCGUGGAGACCAUCUGAAACCUGGACACACACAGACAUGAUGUACAGGGACACACAGCUGAGAGAGGAAGGACAGUCACACACACACACUGCAAGAUUCAGCACAUAGACAUUAACAGGUUUACGAUAUAUCAUUUUCUUGUCCGGGGAUGGUGAAUGCUGGAGAGGAAAACUUCUGGAGAGGAGAUUCGCUUCGCAGCAGGACUAGUUUUUCUGCUAACUUUACCAUUUAUUCCUUUUUCAGUUUUUUUGGAGCUGGGGGUUUAAACCUUCUAUCUGAGCACAACACAAACUAACCUCUCUUCUUAGUUGCAGAAAUUGAGAGCAGUGUUUGUGAUCAAUAAGAUGCCUCGUCCUGAUUCAGUCUGAGCAGGAAGUGGAUUACGGCGGCAACAUUUUUGGGGAUUUCUCUACCGUGUGUAAAGACAGAAAAGAAAACAGAAAUUCAUCCCUGACUGCUGGAUUUACGGCAAUCGGAGAAGGAGAGGAUCCUUUGCGUUUUCUCCCCUCUCCCCCUGUGGAUUACAGAUGGGCUUCGUGAUCUCCCCGCGCAUUCUCAUGGAUGAUCGCUCGCUGCCAGUCAUUAGGAUAAAGUACAAAGAGGGACACAAGUGAGUAUUCAGCUGGAUUCUUAUCUGUGAGGCUUAAGCCUGUAUGAAUACGACGGUGCGGAGAGUGUUAUGAGAGCACAUCGCCGCAAAUUUUUCCUCUUUUUGAUAACAGAAACUGGAACUCGUUGAAUAAACUGCUCAGUGAUUGCUUAUCAGGUUGUGAAAGGCAGACACCUUCUGGGAUUUAUUCGUUUUUUUGCACAAGUGAACCUGUAUGUUUACAGACCAUUUGCCAAUGAACAUCAUUUACUAAAUGAGGGGUACUGUCUACCCGGCAGGUGGCUUAGGCACAAGCGCAGAUUGAUUGAAGUGAUGUGUGAGAAUCCUAUUAAUGCAUCCUGGAUUCUGGCCAAGACAGAGGCAAUGGAGGGGAAAACCACUGUCUAGCAGCACUAUCUGAUCUGCCUCCUCACUGGACAAACCGACGACCCGUUGAGCUCCCCUCCUCGACUACACUCCUCCUUCUCCUCCUCCUCCCCCCAUCAGCCAAGCAAGGAUGGUACCCCCACCUCCCACCAACAAGCCCCACGUGUGCCUCUCCACCAUUCUGAUCAUGAGCAGCAUGGCGCUGAUUGACGCCUACCUGGUGGAGCAGAACCACGGACCACGCAAGAUUGGCAUAUGCAUCAUGGUGAUGGUGGGAGACAUCUGCUUCCUCAUCGUGCUGCGUUAUGUAGCGGUGUGGGUGGGUGCUGAGGUGCGCACGUCCAAGCGAGGCUACGCCAUGAUCCUGUGGUUCCUUUACAUCUUCGUGCUGGAGAUCAAGGUCUACUUUGUGUAUCAAAACUACAAGGCGGACAGGAAGAGCUUGGACGCCCUCGCGAGGAAGGCGCUGACACUUCUGCUGUCCAUCUGCAUUCCGGUGCUGUUCGUGGUGCUGGUGGCUAUCGACCACAUGGAGUACGUGCGCGCCUUCAAGAAGCGCGAGGAGAUCCGCAACCGUCUCUUCUGGGUGGUGGUGGACUUGCUGGACGUACUGGACAUCCAGGCCAACCUGUGGGAGCCUCAGAAAAAGGGGCUCCCUCUGUGGGCGGAGGGCCUGAUGUUCUUCUACUGCUACAUCCUCCUGCUCGUGCUGCCCUGCGUGUCCUUGAGCGAGAUCAGCAUGCAGGGCAUCAACAUCGUGCCCCACAAGAUGCUCCUGUACCCCAUCCUCAGCUUGGUGACCAUCAACGUCAUCACGCUCUUCAUCCGCGGGGGGAACAUGAUCCUGUACCGGGACGCCAGGGUGUCGGGGAUCCUGAUGGGGAAGAACGUCCUGGCCAUCAUCAUAAAGACCUGCAGCUUUGUGCAGUACAGGAGACAGUUGCAGAGCGCUCCUCCCGCCUUCGGGGUCGAGCUGCAGAAAAACUCGGUGGCCCACGCUCGCCCCGCCCCCACCCCCCCUCAAGUGGUCAUGCAGGACCAGACACCCCUCCCCGAGGUGACGUCGUGCGAACACACAUGA